AUGAAGCUGGAGGUUGCCUCACAACAACACAACCAGCAGCUGCAGCUGUCUGGCGCCAUCAUGUGGGACAGGAAAGAGGACACGGGGAUAUACGUCGUCCACUCUCGUCUCACCUGUGUGGUGCUGAAGAGAGAGCAACGAGGGGCUGCCAGAACGCCCGCCACAGGCAGAACCACGGACCUCAGCACUGAUUCACAGAGCCCCACUCCUCCUGGAGGAGGAGGAGGAGGAGGAGGAGGAGGAAGUGGGGGUGGCAGUGGUGAGCGGGCCGAGGGAGGUCAGGGAGAGCGGCCGGUCAUUCAGGAGCUGUGGUUCAUCGUUCUGAUGGCGGCCAUCGCCCUGCUGGUGCUGGCUGUCGUGUUGGGCGUCGUGCUUCAUAAGGCCUUGAACAAACCCCCCUUCACCCGGGAGAGACCCCCACUGGUGGCCAUGCCCAUGCAGAAGAGGAGCCCCAUGGCUGUCUACCCACACAGUAACUCUGUUUUGUUUGACACUGUCCCUGACACAACAGGCUUCUCCACCAGCGUAACACUCAAGGGCUUCACCAUGAAGAUUGAGGAAGUGCUGGAGGCUAAAUGUGAGCCCUCCGAUGAGGCUCUACCUCCGCAGGGUGAGCUGGGUGUCCUCAGUGUCCUCAGUGUGAACUCUCUGAGGCGCAGCGUGAGCCAGGUGAUGGACGGCAAGUCCCUCACGGGAGACGACGAAGCGUGGGACCCCAACAUUUCAGGCCAUGACAGUGGGAUGUUCAUGGAGGAUGAAGAGUUUGUGGACACCAUUAAGGGAUUCAGCACCGUGAGGAAGGAGCACACCAUGUUCACCGACACCAACCUGUGACCUCGGGACGGUCCGUGAACUUGUUGGGAUUGCGGCCAAAAUGCUCACCAGAUGAAAGUGUGUCAUUGUCGCUGGUCCAGAGUCAUGAAGGUCAACCACAGCUGAGCCGAGGAGAAGUUCCAGGGAGGAGGAGGAGGAGGAGCCAUUAUUCAUGUGGGAGUAACUGGUGAUUGUAAAAUGUUACCAGUCUGACAUUUAAAUAUUAAGAGACUUUUCUACGGAGUGGAUGAAAGAAGCAUCUGGGAAAACUUUUUCAUGAAAAACUGUGAUAUAAAAAUAUUGUGUGGUGAUCCAGCGUAAUUGAGUUUUUCCCCCCUCUUGGGAGUCGAUCAUUUUGUAACAUUUUUUAUUAUUAUUAUUUCGCAGACACAUUACUUUUUUUAUCAACUUUUUUUUUUGCAUAUUAUGCUUUUUUUGU